AUGAUGAACGCGACCACGCAAAGUAGAAGUAGCUGCCCGAUCUGGGAGUCUGGCUCCAGACUAUACGAUCUCGAGGGGGGAUCCAUGAUUUCUAUACAGUUUCGGGAACUUCUCGAUCGGCCUUGGUGUGGCGCCACCAACAUCCAGCAGCAGCUUGGGGCGGCGGCUGCAGAUCGGCUCCAAAUCGCACAAGUUCAGGCUGCAGCUCAACCACCGGCAUCAAUAGCACCACCGACGACGAUGACGACGACGACGACGAAGACGAAGACGAUCCAAGCACGUUAA